UCGGACGAGGAGAUACGGCAAAAUACCCGACCUCCACGCCGUUUACUAGUAACCGUAUAUAAACAAUGCAGUUUUUAAAGAAUCGGCUUAAUUGUAGAUCGAAAUUAAUCACACGUACAACAAGUAAAACUGUGAAAUGAACAACCUGUUGAAAUUUUCGAUCGCUUUCGCAGUGGUUUCCGCCAUUUCAUGUCAGGAUUUCACCGAAGAACAAAGAAAAAAAAUAAUUGAAAAUCGUCAACAAUGCAUAAAAGAAACCAAAGUCGACCCAGAACUAAUUGAGAAAGCCGACUACGGUGAAUUCACUGAUGACGCAGCUCUAAGAUGUUUCACCAAAUGUUUCUAUCAAAAAGCUGGUUUUGUUAACGAUAAAGGGGAAGUUCAAAAAGACGUUAUUGAAGCUAAACUGCCCGCUCAAGCUGAUAAGAAAAAGGCCCUAGAAAUCGUCGACAAAUGUCAGGUGAAAGGGAAAGACGCCUGUGAAACUGUUUAUUUGAUUCAUAAAUGCUAUUUCGAACAUACACAUCCAAAAUUGGAUGCAGCUGAAGUUAGUAAAGAAGCAUUGAAAAAAGAUGAUCAAAAAACUGACAAAGCAGACAAAAAGAACUAACUAAGGGCUUUGUGAUUUAGUUUAAUAAUUAUUUAUUGUGAUUUUGUUUAGGAAUGUUUUUUUUUUGUUGUUUUUUUUUUUUGAAAUAAUAAAUGAAGUUUGAACAAUACUACCUAA